AUGGAAAUAGGCGGUCGAAUUGAGUUAGACGAAGCGAGUAUUAUAGAUUAUUUUAUUGAAGGAAUUGCUGACUCGAGAGUGAAUAAGGCUAUAUUAUAUCAGGCAAGGAGUAUUAAUGAGUUAAAGCUGCAAAUGCGGGUAUAUGAAAAAGUUCGUGGUACGGAAAAUCAGAAAAGCAAACCGUUUUCAGGCACUACAGUAGGAAAGAAUGAUGAAGUGAAGAAAGAAAGGAAAUGUUUUAGAUGUGGGAGUGAGGCACAUUUGGCUAAAGAAUGUACUCAUUCGCAAGUGAAAUGUUUUAAUUGCAGCCAGUUUGGGCACAAAUCGUUUGAAUGCAAAUCCGUUAAAAAGGAACAGAAGCCAAAACAAAACACGGCAAAUACAGUAGAUGACUGGGGCUGUAACCUGUGUCUUAUGCGUUAUGGCACAUUAAAAAAUAGUGGCAUGGAAGUGCAGUUUAAGCUAAAGCAGAAAGAAUUGUAUGGAAUCGGGGGUUAUAAAAUUAACACGAUUGGAAGUUUUCAAACAAAAAUCGAAAUGGAUUUUAUCGUACUUGAUUUGAAAUUUUAUUUAAUAAGAGAUGAAGACAUUAGCUACGCGGUCAUUAUAUGCAAUGUUGCAUUAGAGGUAGCAGAUUUGAUUGUGACUAAGGAACAGGCGGAGUUUAAAGCAAAAAGAGUUGAUACUGAAAAAGACAAGAUAACUAAAUCUGACAUGGAUAAUUUGGACAGAAAAGUGAACAAAGGGGGUUGGAUUAGGGAACUAGACACGGUUUAUGCAGUUUGUGAAGACGUUGGUCUGCUGCAAGAGCUUAAGACAGACCACUUACCUGUGAAUCUCGCCAAAGAAAUAAGGGAAUUAGUAAAUCAGUACGUACCGGCCAAUAAAGUAAAGCCGCAAGUAGAAAUGAAGAUUUUACUACGAGACGAACUUCCGGUAUACCAAGCGCCGAGACGACUGUCGUAUGAAAACCAGGCUUUUGUUGAAAAGCAAAUUUCAGAAUGGCUCGAUGAAAAAAUCAUACAGCCCAGUGUAUCUGAAUACGCAACGCCAAUAGUGCUAGUGUCAAAAAAGGAUGGUAAUUCCGACGAAGAAUUUGCUGACGCACGAUCAACUGGCACCCUUGAAGUUUAUAGUAUUAAAAAGAGUCGUUCCUUGUCUUUUCUGGAAGAUUUUUUGGGAUUCGACGACCCCCCUUACGUAACCACUAGCUCACCAAAUAUUAACUUCUUUCAAAAUAACCACGCAAAAAUGGCAACACCUGAGCAAAAGAAAUCAUUUAUAAGUUUAUGCGCCUCGAUUAUAAGGGAAAAUUAUAGUGGUGACCCCCUAUCACUUGCCUCGUUUAUUGAUAAAAUUACCCUUAUUGAAGAAUUAUCAGACGAAAGCCUCACUACAACAUUUAUUGCAUUUUUGAAAUCCAAACUUGAAGGUAAAGCUCGCGAGUCCCUACCAACGCAAAUAAGCUCAGUUAGUCAAAUUAAAGAAGCGCUGUCAAACAAAAUAAAGCCAGAUAACUCGAAAGUUGUCGCUGGUAAAAUUGCAGCGAUGAAAGUGCAUAACAACAAUUAUUCAGAUUUUGCGAAACAGGUAGAGGAGCUCGCAGAUUCCCUGGAGCGUUCGCUUAUUAUUGAAGGAAUGACACAAGCGAAAGCUCACGAGAUGGCAGUUGAGCAAACAAUAAAUGUUUGUAGGCUCAACAGCCGUUCAGAUAUGGUGAAGUCCAUACUAGCAUCGUCAACCUUCAGCGACUCAAAAGAUGUUGUAGCGAAGAUGAUUGUGGAGCAUGACAAUAUAAUAAAAGAGCGGCAGGUGUUGGCUUUUAGGUCACGUUCCAUACGGACAAAUAAUUUUUGA